AUGAAGGUUGUUGGAGACCUUGAUAUCGAGGACAUGUAUCAAACAAGAGAUGCUCUGAGGAGUCCCACAUCGAGGACACGUGUCACUCUUGCCCCUGCCCUUACCCCUACCCCUGCCAACGCUGUUCCAGCUCCUGCCUCUAUCAAUAUUGUGUCUGUCACUCAGGGCGAUGCUUCUGCUGUUUAUGCCGAUGCAACGCCUCCUUCUCGUAACGUUGAAUUUUUCUUUGCCAAUGUUGAUGAGCCUUGUGACGACAUCGGAGAUGGCAUCGACGACAAGGUUACUGGCCCUCCAUAG